AUGAAUGACUCUUCACUGAAAAAUACAUUUUUGACGGAUUCGAUGUCUUUGGCACCAAGAAGACCUCAAAAACAUGGAAAUGUGCAAAGUAUCGUGCGAGAUGAGACUGCGAAAAAAGCCUCUAUGCCAUUUGAAGAAAUCGUAUUGAGUGAUGACGAAGAAGAAAAACUAGUGGAUUCCGUGAAAUGUAAAACUUGUUCACGAGAUAUGACCAAUUGGAUAAACUCUCGGCGAGAUAUCCAUAACAAAGUAUGCAAAGCGAAACAAGCAGACAAGGAUACAGACAAGAAGAAGACGACCAAAUCAAAAACACUCACUGCAACUAUGGAAAAAGAGGACGAAAUACUCGAAAAACCUAUUAAAGAAUCACAAAGUUCUCUUAAAUCAUGGGAACUCUCCAAAAAUAACGUGAAGUUUGCACGAAUCGCCGCUGAUGACGAAGAAAACCGGAAACGAAAGCGUCCGAGAUCUUUUGCAGUUGUUGAAUUGGCACCAAAAAAGUGUCAAUGUGAAGUACUUACAACUCUUCAUUCAAGAUUUAUUGAUAACUUUCAUUGUAAACCUAUCAAGAAUGUGUGCGAAAAAAUGGAAAGCGUAACUGAGCAUGCGUUUCAAAUGAAAAAAUUAAUUGAAAAGUUGUCCCGUUACGAGCAGUUGUCUUCCGACAUGCAAAAAACACUUGAUGACACCUCGGAGAUAUCCACACCAAUCAUCUCAAUAUGCUCUUCCGAAGGUCAUGAAAUUAAAUGCCUUUCUCUCAUUUUGAAGCAUAGAACCUCGAUGAUUAGAAUGCACCCAAGAAGUGAAAUCAUUGUAAUCUCCCAAACGAAGGAAGUUAUAAAAUCUUGGUUGACGUUCGUUUUCACAGCGAAUAUCGAAUGGACUGAAGAUGAAAAAGAAGGCGUGAAACAGUUGGCGAACCAAUAUGGGCCAGUAGGAUUAGAGGUCUUGUUGAAUGAAAAAGUAGAAAUAGACAAAAAAGAAGAAGAAACAAUUGAGGAAACCGAACCUGUUAUCCAAUGUGCCAUUCAAGAAUGUGACACAGGAAGCGAAACCCCCUUUCCUGUCAAUAAAGAAUCCCGAAAUUCACAACAAAAAUCAGAAAAUUUACCUGUAGAUGAAGAACAUAAUCCUGUAAACUACUAUUCAUCAGAUGAUCCAUUCAUUGGAUUUGGAAGAACGAAUGAAGAUGAAGAAACACAGGACAAAAGUAAAAAUAUCACCAGCGACAUUGAUUUAGAUACUACAGUAUCCUCAGUUCAGAAACACUCUAGAAAUAAUACAACAAUGGAUUCAUUCGAUGAGUGGAGUAAUCAGCCAGCUGAUAUGCCCAGCACAUCAUCUCCCAUGACUUCAGUCACUCCAGUUCGUAACAAUUUUAAACCUGUUUUCGGCUCUCAUGUCAAAAUUCUGAAAACGAACGAUAUUACUCCGAUGCCUCUUUUUGAUUCGAUGGAUGAAAGUGAGUUGAAAGAAAGAAUGAAAGCAAUUGGACAGCGGCAGAAAGGCAGAAAGGCAAUGAUCACGAUUUUGAAAAAGGCAUACACUACGUUACAUCCUGAAGUUUGUACAGGAACUCCGACGAUUCGGCCGUUAGUAAGAAAUGAAAUCACAGAUCCAGAUGCGGGUAAUGGAAAGAAACCAACAAAAUCUGUGAAGUUUGGAAUUCAAAAAACGAAGACGUUGAAUGAAAGGAUGGCAGCUUCUCCGAAAAAGAGUUCAGUGAGAGAUACUUCUCUGAAAAAUGUAUCGAACGAUUCUAUUGAAUCAGACGCAGAAAAAACAUUGAAUUUGUCGAACGAUGAACGAGAAGUCGGAAACAUUUGUGGAGAUGUUAUUGGAGAGGACGAGGAAGAAGAUGAAGAUGCAACUUCAAGUAGUAGUGGAAAGUCUGAUCUGAAUUCAUUGAGACUUUUCUUCCUAAAUUGGCUUCGAGAUGAUCAGAAUACUGUAUUACAUGAACAUAUUCUGUCUCUUCAACCGGUUUCCUUGGAAGAAAUGCUUGUACGUCUGGAAAAAGCCGAAGGUCCACUUGGUAGGAUCGGGAAAGGAAAACUCGUUAAAAUUCUGGAAAUGUUGAAAAUAACAUAUCAACUCCCACAGAAACCAGGGAGAGCUCGUAUCGGUGGAUUCAAACGGAAAUUAUAG